CUUUGUUUUAUAGCCUGAUAAGUCAUAAAAAGAUUAUUGAUUCAAUGGCCAAAGAAAACUGCAAUUCUUUGGUGGACUUUCAAAAUGCUUGGACUGAAGGCCUCCUCCCACCUGGUGGUUCUCCUCUUAACGCUCUACUGGACAGACUGCAGUUGGGCAAUUGUUUGCUACCAUUGCGAUUCAAUUGCCUUGCCGGAAUGUUCCCAGACCCUCGGAGAGGUGGGUGUUCUACCCUAUAUCGACUGCCCCACCGAACUGACGUGUGCCAUGUCCAUUGUUGACUCCAUUACGUAUCGUGGCUGUGCCGCCAAUACUCCCACAACCGGAGCCACCUACUCCAAGAGCUGCUCCUCAAACCUCUGCAACACUGGAGUCUAUCCACCAGGACGUCUCAAGUGUCAUCAUUGCGCUGGAUCGGAUUGUGUUGCAUCUCCUGUUGGGAAACCCAAACCAUGUCGCUACCAUCUGGAGGAGGAUCAGUGUUAUACCGAUGUCAUAACUUCCUCUGAAGCCUACAGAGGAUGUGUUUCCGAGCAGAAUCACACGCUCUCCAGUGCCGCAAAGCUCUGCGAGAUCAAUGGCUGCAAUGAGGAGCAAGGUGUCAGGACACAGAUCUGUGCCACUUGUGACUCAGAAGCUGGAAGGGGCUGCAAGAUUGAUCUCUUCCAGGUGAACACCGGCAAGUGCAAUGUGAGCAUGUACGAAGAGUGCCAGCAGGAGGUGCUUUUGGGUGAGUCGGAAGACAAGUACUGCUUUAGCUAUCGAAAGCUCAACCGAGUGGUGCGAGGCUGUUCCACACAGCUGCCCGUAGAUCUGCAGCCGCAUCUGGAAGAGCUGGAUAAGUGCCGGGAUAGUGACAAUUGCAACGCAGGAUGCAUUACCCAGCAACGAUGUUUUACGUGUAACUCCGUGGAUCAGACUCUAUGUAGGACGAAUGUUACGGCGAUUAGCAAUAGCACCUGUGGCUCAGCAGAAGCCUCCUCCUGCUUUUCCUGCGAGUACGACGACUGGAGUAUCCAGCGGGGAUGCGGAGCACCGCCUAGUAAUCCCGGCAUUCUCAACUGCUACGAAUGCGACGGGACUGGAUGUAACAGAAAAGAUUUCACCCGCUGCUAUCGCUGCAACACCGAUCAGACAGGAGCCGGAUGCGCCAAUUGGGAAGUACCUGGAGGAAUCUACAUUGACGAGUGUGUCGAGCCAGGAGCCUCAUGUCUAACGGCUACAUUCGUCAAUGGCACCACUUCAAGAGGCUGCCAGCGGGAGGAUUUCUCUUGCAAUUCCGCGAACAUUGCCGAUUGUAAGUCCUGCGAGGGAAGUUUCUGCAAUAAAGGAGCCUUUCCGGAGGAGCGACUGUGGUGUCAUCAGUGCAGUGGACAGGCGUGCGAGGAAAUCUCCCGGGGACAAACAGCGUUGCCUUGUUCCCUGCCGGCCAACGAGCCCGAGGAUCAAAAAAUGGCGUGCCUGGAGUACUUCGAUACUCAAAGUCAGAAGAUCGUUAGGGGAUGUCGUUCCAAUUCGGAGCUCUACUACGAAUGCCUUCUCAGGAGCAGCAACCACAUGUGUCGCUCGUGCCACACGGCUGCCUGCAACAAUAGUCCUGGUAGAGACUUAAGAGCUAGUUACGAGCUGGAAACCAACGGGCUGGCUCUGCUACACGGCAAGAGCUCCGCCAAUACCUUAAAAUACCACGGGUUUUGGUUGUUCUUUAGCGUUAUUUAUCUUAUGACUGGCUAACACUAAAAAUAUAAUAAAAUCAGCACUAAAAACCAA